GAAGUUCAGUAAAGCUUGACUGUUGAAGAUGGAGUGAUUCCAGGAGAAAAAAAAUAAAAAAUUAAAUCAUCAACUUUAAGAGGAGAAGCUGAGUUGUUCUCACCAGCUGUUUUUUUUAAAUUAUAUUUUCGACUUUCAAUUUGGAUGGAUUGAUUGCUAUUUACAUCAAGUUGGAUUACUGUGUAGGGGCUCUGGGUUUGUGCACAAUGGAUUCAAGCAUUACAAGGCGAGCAGGAGUUGUACUCAUCAUUUUCACGUUUUUAAGUCUUAUCCAUGGCUCUACAGGGGAAAUCCCAGCCAAACCAACCGGCAGUGUAGCGAUUCUGCCGCCCGUUAGUCCCGAUAAUGGCCCCCAUGCGUAUCCAGACGCGGAAAAGGCGAAUAUGCCAGUGUUUACAAUGGAUUACGCCAGAAUACAGAUACCAUUUGAGGUCACUCUUUGGGUGCUGCUGGCUUCAUUCGCAAAAAUUGGUUUCCAUGUGUACCACAAGAUCACCAUCUGGGUGCCAGAGUCCUGCCUUCUGAUCACCAUUGGUCUGAUGGUGGGUGGCAUCAUGCACUCUGUCCACGAGGAGCCACCUGCUGUGCUCAGCAGCAAUGCCUUCUUCCUCUACAUGCUGCCCCCGAUUGUCCUCGACUCGGGCUACUUCAUGCCCACCAGGCCUUUCUUCGAGAACAUUGGCACGGUGCUGUGGUUUGCAGUGGUGGGGACUCUGUGGAACAGCAUCGGCAUUGGCAUGUCUCUGUUCGCCAUAUGCCAGAUCGAGGCGUUUGGUGUGCAGGACAUCAACCUCCAGGAGAACCUGCUGUUUGCCACCAUCAUCUCGGCCGUGGACCCAGUGGCCGUGCUGAGCGUGUUUGAGGACGUGUCUGUGAACGAGCAGCUCUACAUCGUGGUGUUUGGAGAGUGUCUCUUCAAUGAUGCUGUCACUGUGGUGUUGUACAACAUGUUCAACUUUGUGGCGGAGAUGCCGGUGGUGGAGCCAGUGGACGUUUUCCUCGGGGUGGCGCGGUUCUUCGUUGUCGGGCUCGGUGGGAUGGGCUUCGGCAUCCUGUUCGGCUUCACGGCUGCCUUCACCACAAGGUUCACCUCCAAGGUCCGAGAAAUCGAGCCGCUCUUCAUAUUCAUGUACAGCUACCUGGCCUAUCUGGUGGCCGAGCUCUUCUCCAUCUCGUCCAUCAUGGCCAUUGUGACCUGCGCUCUCACCAUGAAGUACUACGUUGAAGAAAACGUUUCCCAGCGUUCCUGCACAACCAUCCGCCAUGUGGUCAAGAUGCUUGGCUCUAUCUCCGAGACCCUCAUCUUCUUCUUCCUGGGGGUCGUCACCAUAACAACAGAACAUGAGUGGAACUGGGGCUACAUCCUGUUCACAUUGCUGUUUGCUUUUGUAUGGAGGGGUCUGGGUGUCUUGGUGCUGACUCAGAUCAUUAACCCUUUCCGCACCAUCCCAUUUAACAUGAAGGAUCAAUUUGGUCUGGCCUACGGUGGUCUACGAGGUGCAAUUUCAUUCGCCUUGGUCUUCACCCUUCCUGAUAACAUCGGCCGCAAGCAGCUCUUCGUCACUGCCACCAUUGCUGUCAUCCUCUUCACUGUCUUUCUCCAGGGCAUCAGUAUCCGACCUUUGAUUGAGUUCAUCAAUGUCCGCAGAACCAACCGCAAUCUUGACACCAUCAACGUAGAGGUUCACUGCAGGCUCAUGGACCACACUAUAGCUGGCAUAGAGGACCUCUGUGGACAGUGGAGCCAUUUCUACUGGAAGGACAAGUUUAUGAAGUUCAACAAUAGAAUCCUGCGGAAAAUCCUGAUCCGAGACAACCGGGCUGAGUCCAGUAUUGUGGCGCUGUAUAAGAAGCUGGAACUGCAGAACGCCAUGGAGAUCCUGGACACUGUGACUGGAGACAUCAGCGCUGCUCCGUCCACCGUCUCUCUCUAUGAAGAUAAGAAAAGCUUGGGUAAACCUAAGAAGAAGUUCCUGGCUCCUGACCUGAAGAACAUGCAUGACAUCCUGUCCAAGAACAUGUACAAGAUCAGGCAACGGACGGUGGCAUACACACAUAAGCAUGCCCUGCCCAACGACACCCACAGCAGAGAGAUAUUGAUAAGACGCCACGCCAGCAUCCGCCGCAGCCUCCGACCUGGCAGCUUUCAGUCAUCGGUGGUACCAAAAUCCCACAAAUACUUCUCUCUCCCUGCUGGGCAAAGUCUGGACUCAAAAUUCCCCCCUGCGAGGCAGAGCUAUACAGAUGAUCAGGAAACAAUGUCAGAGGUGGCCUACCCCCCCAGAAGCUCCAGGUUUGGCCAGCCCGCACGCUCUUCCUCCAGAGCCAUGAUGCCUCUACGCAGGCUGGACACGCUAACAGAAGCGCCCUCAGUCGACAUGGUGAAUGAAAGCACAGUGGAGGACAGAGGCAGGUCGGGGCGUGGCACGUCCAGAACAAACUCCUCCUCCAGUGAACCACCCAUUCCUGCUCCUCACCGUCACCUCCACUCCUCCGUUGACAAUGAAAGCAGCUCGGCUGAUAACUUCAGAAACGGACAUCAUGAAGAAGAAGAGGAGCAGCAGCAGCCUUCGUCCCAACCCCCAAGCUGGGCUGCUGAACCCCGAGACAACGCAGCACGAAACCCUCUGCUCAGGCGGCCUCAGUGGAACCCAAAGAUAUAAAAGUGUCCCUGGGCUUUUUAAGAGCAGCUGGACUGCAACAGACUCAGGGUCUCUACAUAUGAGACUAAAUAAAUGAUCUCUGGAGGUCCAGUCAUUUCUAAUUAAAGAUGAACCAUCCUCCAAAAUGAGCGAAUAUGGACAGUAAUGCUUUGAAGUAAGAGGUGUCAGCUACACCAGAAGCACAGUGAACUAUAGUGAAGCAACAGAAUAUGAACUGUCACCAGUGACUCAUUCUGCCAAUUUUAUCUGAGCAGGUAUUUCACCCAUUCACAUCAAUGUCAUU